UCUCCUCCUCUCUCUCUCCCUCCCUCCCUCCCGUCCUCCCUCUUUUUCUAUCUUUCUCUUUCUCUAUCCAGAUUAUCCUACCGUUUUCUUUUUGUUCCCUUUCCUCUCUUUCUUUUUCUUAAAGUGAUUUAUUGGUUGCUCUUGCCGCUCUUUAAUUUCAGUUUCGUCGGUAUUAAUACCGUACUGACUUGUCUGAUCUUUGGCUCUUUCAUUGUGUCCCUUCGUGACCAUAACCAUACGUACCAUACUUCGUCCUAAGCUCUACCCCCCUCCUCGACAACCCUCGUUUUACAAAGCGUCUCACCCACACCUAUAUUCAUCCUCUCUCUUUCUUCCUCGCUCUUUUUCUGCCUCCGCUCCACCCCGGUUUAUCGGCCGAUCGCAGUGCAAAUUCGUUUCGUGACUGUGCUGUGUGGGUUUCUUGCUUGCUGCACAUCUAACCAGUGUCGAGAAGAUCACCGAAAACUGUGGAUAACGCUGCUCACCGGCCGAGCAACGCCAGUCAGAAAAAUCCAGCAACGACCUACAAGUACGAAAUAAGAGAAAAAAGAGUAGUGAUAGAACCGACGGCACGGUAUCAUUUCGAGCAGGCGCCACGAGCGAUAACACCGCUAAUAUGUCCGUGAGAAUGGAAAACGUAGCCGCGCCGAGGAAGCUCAACUAUAAAAUGAUGGGUACAAACGGUCCAAGACCGACGUACGUGGGUGCUAAUAAUGGUAACGCCGGUGGUGCCGGGGGCGGCGGCGGCGGCGGCGGUGGAGGCGGUGGCGGCGGCGGCGGCGCUACAGGCGGUGGCGUUGGCGUUGGCCCGGCAAGUGGCGGCGGCGGAGGUGGAGGUGGUGGCGGCGGCGGUGGUGGAGGCGGGCACGGAUUGAAGGGGAACACCGGCGGUGGACCACGAGGCGGGAACCCGGUGCAGUAUCGUGCGAGCGGUGCCGCAGCUUGGGGCGCAGCGCCGCCCUCUCAUGCGGCUGCGGCUGCGGCUGCGGCGGCGGCAGCGUAUCCACCUUACACGCGGUAUCCAAGCGCAGCGGCUGCAGCUGCGGCCGGCCAGAUGCCCGUCGGAGCACAGCAACUACCGCCUACGGCGAAUCCUUACGCCACCGCCACCUACGCACAACACGCGUCGUAUGGUGGACAACGGGUGCCUACAGCCUCUUCUCCAGCUAAUACUAAUAGUAGUUCUAGCAGUGCUACCGGCAGUCGAAGUGGGACAAUGAGCACAAGUCUUAGCAAUAAUGCUAUACAAGGACAACAGGCAGAACAGUUAUCAAAAACAAAUUUGUAUAUUCGUGGCCUCAACCAAAAUACAACUGACAAGGACCUCGUAAAUAUGUGUUCUCAAUAUGGAACUAUUACUUCAACAAAGGCAAUUUUGGAUAAAAAUACAAAUAAGUGUAAAGGUUAUGGAUUUGUAGACUUUGAGUCUCCAGUGGCGGCUGAGGGUGCUGUGAAAGCACUGGUCGCCAAGGGCAUCCAAGCGCAGAUGGCGAAAGUGGGUAUCUGGUUGCUCCCUAGACUGCCCAGUGUACGUUGGUUGUGCAUGCAAAUUGAACAACAGGAGCAAGACCCCACCAAUUUGUAUAUUGCAAAUCUACCACUGAACUUCAAAGAAAAUGAUGUUGAGGGUUUACUUGCUCAGUAUGGGCAAGUUAUUUCAACACGCAUAUUACGUGAUACUGCUGGACAAAGUAAAGGCGUUGGAUUUGCAAGAAUGGAGUCUAAAGAAAAAUGUGAACAAAUAAUUCAGAUGUUUAAUGGAAAGGCACUACAAGGAGCUAAAGAUCCCCUAUUAGUGAAAUUUGCAGAUGGUGGUAAUAAGAAAAAAUCAUUAUACAAAAGUACAAUAUGGAGAGAAACUGGAGAGAACAUGACUUUGAAUUACGAUACAAGCGGUGUUGGUCAAAACGGGGUUGCAACUACUCACAUGUUACCUACAGCCUUAACACAAUAUAGUCGUCAUUAUGGUCAAGCUUUACCUGGUUACAGUGUACCAGGAACGCCUUGGGUGACUCCUUAUUUGGUGCAGACUGCCCCUCCACAUAUGCAACAGGUCGACAUGAUGCCAUCAGCUGAUCCUAGUAAUCCACAAUACAGUAUGAUUCCUCAACUUACUACACAAAUGUCGACGUUACAUCUUGGCACUGGUUCCUACAUAGCAAGUCCACAUCCUUAUCCUUAUACUUACCCUCCUAGCAUUAUUCAUACCAUGCCGUUGGGUGACUCUGAACAAACAAGUAAUGCGGCGUCCCCUGAUGAUUCUUAUCAACAGUAUCAAGCUCAGCAGCCCAAGUAGGCUACGGUUUUUAGAUACGAUUACACCGAGGAUUAUGUAAGUUAGGAGACCCACAUCUGUUGAUACGAAGGAUUAUAUUAAUGAAGAAUAGAUGAGACUAAAUACAUUACAUAAAGUCAGAUAAGAUUCUUCCUCAUGAUAAUUGACUUGCCAGCCAUCUUUUAUACAUUUUAUCCAUCAGAUAAAUAGGUGAAAGUAGUUAAUAUUUUCCAACGAUUAGAAAAUGAAUGUUGUCAUAAGAACGGCGUACGAGUGCUCGUGUCUACGUUGUUCGGCACCAGCACGGCUCCAUACGCUGUAACGUCAACACAUCAUUACGACAGUGACAAAACUGAUAUUCUGCGACGGACAGUUUUAGUGUCAAGCUGAUAGGCUUCCAGGAUUAACUUUAGGUAUUACAUUUACUAAGGAAACGUUAAGUCGAAGCUGAACGCUUGAGAGUGUGAAUAAAAUAUUUUAACAAAAACUGUAAACUAUAAAAGAAACGCUGCUCAGAAAUAUACAAAAGAGAAUUCUUCCCAAGAAAUAAUAAUAAUAAUAAUAUACAGAAAAAAAGCACUUCCAAAUGCUAGAGUUGAUAAAAAAAAAGAGAAAAAAAAUAACAUUCAGAUUCAGUUACUUAUCAGUAGCUACCGGACUUUCGUGCCAGCUGGCUGGCCGGUGGCUGGGCUGCGAAAAGAAGAGGCCGUGAAUCAGUAUCUUAACAGAAGAUGCUGACAUCAGUGUCUUUAUAAGAGAGGAUACUGACAAAAAAAUUAACUCUUCCUUAACAGCGUACACCACCCCAUCCACUAACUGCACUCUCAUCAUAUUAUUUCUUUUUGUUUUCUUCUGUUUCGUUCAGACAUUCCAAGUCAGGCAUAUAUAUUGUAUGUAUUGCCACGCGGAGAUUUUUAUCUACUUUUACAAGUACAGUUCGCGUUCUCUUUUAAUCACGGACGAAUAUAUUUUAUGGAUGAAAAAGAAGUGAAGAUUUUGAGAGAGAGAGAGAGAGAGAGAGAGAGAGAGAGAGCGAGCGAAAGAGAGAGAGAAAGAGAGAGAACAAAAGAUGAAGCUUUAUUUCUAAACGAAAAAAACUUCAGGAUAUAUGUAAUUAUUAUAACAAGAAGGAAAGGAACAUAGUACUUUUUAGAGGAUUUAUAUUUAUGAGUACAGUUACUACGAAUCGAUAUCAGUUUUAAUUGUACAGUGAAUACAGAUAUUUUUUUUAGAAUUGUGCCUUUUCAGACAAAUCCGCUAGACAGGGAUAUGCUGAAAAAUAUUAUAAUAUAUUUUUACGUCAGUAUGUAAAUGCGAAACUUGAGCCAAAUUUUGAUCUUCUAGUUAAGAGAAUAUAAUUGUUUUUGCGUUGUAGCCAGUUAAAUAUCACUAUGUUUGUUUUUUGGUUACAAAUUCGAAUAGAUUUUGUAUGUGUAUAGUUGCCACUAACGGGAUUGACGGGCCGAAAACCACCUAUACGGUUCGUGCGGAGUCUAGGAACUGAAAGAAGGGAAAAAAAAAAAGAAAUCAAAUGGCGGAUCAUUGUAAACCGAGACUAAUUCACACCGCCCGAGAAAAAAUGAGACAGAGAGAAAGAGAGAGAGCGAGUGAGAGAGAAAGAGAGAGAGAGAGAGAGAGAGAGAGAGAACGAGAGAAAACAGAGUAGGCUUGUUACAACGGAAUAUGAUAGAUAGAGUGUAAAUUAAUUUAUUAUAUCGAACGAAUAAAAUCGCGUUGCAAACGAAAACGAAAACGAAAAAAGAUAAUGGGACUGGAGCAGAACGAUUGGCGAGAGGAUCGAACGCGAGGAAACAAAAAGAAACAGGAAGUAUAACUCGAGGAUUUUCUAUCUGUGCGUGAUAUCUUAAAAAAAGAGAGAGAGAGAGAGAGAGAGAGAGAGAGAGAGAAAACACUAAUAUCUAAGAAAAAAAAAAAAAAGAAAAGAACACCCUCCUCUCCUGCGUUCCUCUAAGCCCGUUUUUACAUCCGGCACAGUUUUUCACAUUGUCUGACUUCUUAGAUCGAAUCGAGGAACGAUUAGAAAGCUUUCUACCAAAUAUUAAGAGCUCUGGGCUCGAAGUGGCGGGCAGGUAGUUAGAUAGAGUUAGAGAGAGGCGAUCGUAGCUAUUAUUAUAAUAUUACAAUAAUAUGCUGUAUUAUUAUAAUUAAUGAUUACUAUUAUUGACGUCAUCUAAAGUAUGAAAGAUUUUUACACUGUUGAGACUUGAAGUAAAUAAUAUAUUUAGUUUAUUUUGGUACAUCACGAUUUGAUGACGAGAUAAAAGAUGAAAAAAGUGGUAUGAGCUAUUUUUUAAGAGACCGAUUAUUACUCGAUUUGAGUCCAUGCAUGAAGGGAGGUUAAAGAGGAAAGAAAGAGAAAAAAAAAAAUAAAAGAGCAAGAGGAAGAAAGAAGGAAAGAGGCGAAAGGGAAAACCUAUUUGCGAGAGUGUGUAAAUUGUUGCACAAGCGAUUGUCACCACGACUGACAACAAAAAUCACAUGUGAUUAAAUAGUGAAUUUUGAAGAAUUUUACUAAUAGACUUGUACUAAAUAACUAAUUAUUAUUGUGACGACCAAAACAAAAAAAAAAAAAGCAGCAUUUUUUGUAGUGCUGACCGGGAGAGCGGGAGAACGAUGGUUCGGCCGACAUAAACGCCAACUCCCGCAGAUACGGAGCCGCACUGGAGGGCAGGCAGAGAGGAGAGAAAGAGAGAGCGAGGAAGAUCAAUGAAUGCGAGACAACGAGCGAAAAAAACGUGGAAAAUUAUAAUUAGAAGGUGAAUGAAAGUACGUGAGCGUUCUUUAUUCGAAGCAAGACGAUGUAUAUGAAAAGAAAAGGCAAACAAAAAAGUGAAUGACAAAAGGGAGGGAGAAAGAAGAGAUGGAACAUGGAAUAUAAAUAAAGAGAGAAAGUAAGAGUGAACGGUGAGAGAAGACGAGAGCAAAUGCGUCGUAAUAUAUUGUAUAGAACAUGCGAAGAGGACACUGCAAGAUGUGUAGUUAGUGUUGACUAUGAAUAUAUAGGAUAGGUACCAUUUUUUGGAUAUAGGAUAAUCGAUUAAGUGAUUAAGUUUAGGUAGAUAGUUAGCUGAUAGUUAGGAUAUAUAUAUAUAUAUAUAUAUAUAUAUAUAUACACACACAUAAAUAUAUAUAUAUAUAUACAACUGCCUCUCCUCGUUAAAAAAAUCCCCCCCAAAAAAAAGAAAAAAAAAAGGAAAACACACAUCAGGCGAGGCACCGUUCAGCCUAUGCACUUCGCACCCGUCAAGACUGACUGGCUAUUCAUAUUAAUAAUAAAUAUAUAUUAUUCUACAACAUAUUAUCUACUGUAAUAUAAAUAGUAAGGACUGCUUGCUGCGCACCGCGGGUCGGGUGCUUGGGCUGGCCGGGCGUGGUUUACGAAAGAAAAAAGAAAAAAAAACCAAUCUCUUUUCUGGAGACGCGACGUUUCCAAGCAAUGCUGCUUUCCGUAAGCUUUCUCUAGAAUUUCUAGCGUAGCCUCUUUUUAGAAUAGAUUCACAACUAGUAGUCGUAGGCUGAUGAUGUAGAAAGACGAGAAUAAAAAGGAAAAAAAUUGUAGGAUGUUUUUAAGUAACGAAACAAAAA